CUCUCUCUCAUCAUAUUCAGUUAGACAAAGCAAGAGAGGGAAAGAGCCCACAUUCCCAUAAACUCAGCAGUCCACAACACUAACAGUCAACCUCCCAUGAUUUUACAUCACCCUCUCUCCUCUUUCUCUCUCUAACUCUAGUUCUCCUUCCUCACCAGCCAUCAAAUCCAACCAUCACCAGCAACCUGUCAAUCCCAUUGCAGGACCCCAACAUUUCACCACCACCCAGUCUAGCAUGUUUCCUCUACAGUACUUUUGAAAGCACCCAUCUUAUCUGUCAACCCACCUCAUCCUCUCUCUGCUGGGGCGUGGCUUCAAAAUUUUGAAGCUUCUCUCCCUACCCAACUUUUUACCCCCCGCUCUCUCUAAGUUUGGGUUCUUUUCUGAUUUUCGAGGUUUCUGGCCUUGAAAUUAGUCUCUUACUCUGUCAAGUAACCAUUAUACUCUUUACAUGAUGAUGCUUUUGAAAAUUGACGCUUUUUCUUUCUACCCAAUUUGCUCUACCUUUUUAGACCUCUAUUGCUCUCUAUGUAAUUUUCUGUUGUAAUUUAACUCUUCUCUAUUUUUGAGGUCAUUGGUCUCUCUCUCUGUUAUUUUACUCUAAAAGAGGGAAGUAUUUUGAAAUUUGAAGGUUUUGAUACAUGGGUGGAGGGGUUGUGAAGAAGCCAAUGUGGUUAUAUCCGAGGGUUUUGGGGUUUAAUCCAUCUGAGAGAUGGGGGCACUCUGCUUGUUAUUCCGAUGGGGUUCUUUAUGUUUUUGGGGGAUGUUGCGGUGGGCUACAUUUCAGUGAUGUUCUCACUCUAGAUUUGAAGACCAUGGUAUGGAGCUCCCUAGUAACCACUGGCCAUCAACCAGGGACUAGAGAUAGCCACAGUUCAGUCCUCACAGGGCAUAAAAUGAUAGUAUUUGGGGGUACAAAUGGUUCAAAAAAGAUCAAUGAUCUCCAUAUGUUGGACUUGAGGACUAAGGAAUGGAGCAAGCCCAUUGUCGAAGGGAACCCACCUUCUCCUCGAGAGAGCCACACUGCCACUAUUGUAAAUGACGAUAAAUUGGUGAUAUUUGGAGGGAGUGGAGAAGGGGAAGGAAAUUACUUAAAUGAUGUGCAUAUCCUUGAUUUGAAGAACAUGAGAUGGAUUUCUCCUGAGGUGAAGGGUGAUCUCCCUGCCCCUCGAGAUAGCCAUACAGCGGUUGCGAUAGAUAACAGGCUAAUUGUUUAUGGAGGAGACUGUGGUGAUCACUAUCUUGGUGAUGUUGAUGUUCUUGAUAUGGACACAAUGAUUUGGUCAAGGUUGGUAGUUCAAGGAUAUUCUCCUGGAGUUAGAGCAGGUCAUGCAUCUGUAAAAAUUGGCUCAAAGGUAUUUAUCAUUGCUGGAGUUGGAGAUAGGCAGUACUAUAAAGAUGUUUGGGUCCUUGACAUGAACACUUGCUCAUGGACUCAGUUUGAUAUCCGGGGCCAACAGCCCCAAGGGCGGUUUUCUCAUAGUGCCGCUGUUGCAGAAUCAGAUAUAGCCAUCUAUGGAGGGUGUGGAGAGGAUGAAAGGCCAUUAGAUGAAUUGCUUAUACUCCAUUUGGGAGCAGACCACCCAAAUGGCCGUUACAAUGUUUCCAUGUGCAAGGUAUUUGGGAAACAAUGGCACCAAGAGAAGCCAAAGGUCUCAAGUUUUUGUAAAGGGGAAGGCCCUGAGAAACCAGUGAAUGACGCCAAACCAGUUGAUCUGUGGAGAGAGGAGUCUAAUCUGAGAGGCAGUGAUGCUGAGGGGGAAUGUAGGCAUCAAUUUUUGCGUAGUUCAGAUAAUAUGCAGGCAAAGAGGAGAAAAUCGUCUCAGCAAAGAUUAAUUGACAUAGAAUCCGAGCAAGAAGAGCAUUCCCAUUCCCUCUCUCAACAUUCGUCACCAUCUCAGUCAGAUCAAGAACAGACCAUAGCUCCCCCAGGUCUCUCCUCUCCAACCCCCCAUAGAUCCCUGCCCUCUCCACCAUUAAACCUGUUUGAGACCACCAAAAACCAGAGCCAACCUAGUGGCCUUUCGAAUUACCAAACCCAUCAGAGAAACGGGACACAGAAACCCAUUAGAGAAGUGAAGCCUGAGCAAUUUGUUCGGGUAUUUUCAACAAGAAAACCUGAAGCCCAACCAAUGGAGUCCACUGGGAUUGUCGCUGUACCGAAUUUGCUGGGAGCCGAGGUACGGGGCACAGUAGAUGGUGCCUUUGACUCAGGGUACCUAAUGACUGCAAAUGUGAAUGGUCAGAUCUUCAGAGGCAUCUUAUUCAGCCCUGGACCUAGCAUCACAACGAGAGAAGCAGUGGUCUCACACCCCACUCCAUUAACUGGCUCACUAGGGACGGCACCAUCUGUGCAAGUCCUUCGACCAGCUACAAUCUUGUCGGAAUCGAGAGAGGAGAUGCAAAGGCAAUGCCGGAAUCCGACCACAAGGCCAACAGAAUCUGGCAACUGGGGCUGGCGUUCCCCUCCUUUGGCAGCGAGGCCUGACCUUCAUGGAGUUGUUCUCUCUCUAGGAGGCCCCGGUUCUGGUUAUGGUGGGACUACACAGAACUGAGCGCCUACACAGAACUGGGAGCUUGUUUCAUUGAUUAUGUGAAUAAGAGUUGGGUUUUGUGGAGAGAGAGAGAGAGAGAGAGAGAGAGAGAGAGAGAAAAAAAAGAGGGGCUUGGGGUUGUAUAAAGGAGGAGUAGAAGUUUGGGUAUUUAGAGGAGGGUGUUAUUUGGGUUUUGGGGAUUGAGAUUGGAGAGUGUGAGGCCAUGGGGAGUUGAUGUAAGGAUUCCUUGUUGGUUCCCAUGGGUAGUUUUGAAGUGGAAGCUAACUGAAUGUAUGAUAUGAUAUGAAGGAAAAUUUGUG